AUGCCGGGUUCUGAGGGUAUCGUUCACGGUCACAUUCACAACUUCAACAACGUCACGUAUAUUCACGGCCACGUCCACGGCUCGUCGGCCCCGGCACCAGCAGUACCGAACCUGCCUCUCUCACCUACGGGGUCCGGCACGGAGUCUGGUUCUGGGUCUGGAAUAACGUUUUCCACGCACCACGAUGAAUGCCACCAUUUCGAGUUCAUGAACUGCCACAAUCUUAAUGUUUUUGGCGAGGACAAGCUUCGGGUUGCACCUGAAGGCCAGCUGGCGUCGUCUCAGCACAAGAAACGCAGAACUCACGACUGCACCACAUGCAAUCCCAACGUCAUGGAAUUGUGUUGCGAGGACGAGCAUCUUGCACCAGAACCAGCACAAGCAUUAACAUCGGGACCAGGACAACUAAGCGGUGAACAGGCCCCUGGACCUAUAGGAUUGUCUCCACAUUCAGCAAACUCAUCGCAAUCGCGCACCAUCAGCAAUCUCGUGAUGUUCAAGGGCGCCAACAGCUCUUCUAUCGUCGAUCGCACUGCCGGUUCACCCGCGACAGCCAAACUCCCGAAUUUCAUAGACUGCAACUUGACCUGUGUACGGCCAAAAUCAGAAGAAGACCAAUUGUACGAAAAAUUGUGCGAGCAAUGCGUGGAUCUCGACCACAACCCAACACCAUGUUCUCAAUCCCACACUCACACUACCGUACCGACAACGUCCACAAGUCACGCCUGUAGUGAACACUCACACUCGCAUUCCCAUUUUGGUGUCCAUGAUCACCACUCUGACGACUACGAAGCACUGCAUUCCACAAUCCACCCUUCUCAAUGUCACGAGCACAUAGCCAACUCUGCCACUGAUAUGAUGAUCAUGGACGAUCUCGUCAACAUAUCCAACAUGUACGACUUCCCAUUUGGCAAGCACUUCCACCCACAUGACCAUUCCAAAGAUGCCAACCUAAAUCUACUGCAAACAUCCAUCCCAGACUCGAAAGAUGAGCUUCCACAAGACUCUUCCAACAAACCACAGCAUCGCCAUCAUCACCACUCUGUCGAAUUGCAUUCUCAUCCUGCUCACAACGGCCCAUCACCUGCAGAUCUCAGUUAUAAUUGCGAUGGAAGCUCGAACUCUAAUGACUGCAAGCCGCCGGUCGCGUUCGAAAAAUCACACCAUACUGCCCCGCUCGAGACUAUUGUUUCUCCUGACGCCAAGACCAGUACCGUGAAUUUCAAUUGGAUAUACAAAAACGAACCACAAAGCAUUGAGUGCAAUUGGAAUCAUUGUCCCGAGGUCUGUAACUCGCUGCUGGAAUUGCAGUCUCAUGUUUUGAAAAAUCACGUCAUCGACGCGAAUUUCGGUGACUCCAAACUUCCGACCCCGAAAAAUCAAUACUUUUGUGAAUGGGCAGACUGUGGUUUCGAAGGUGAUGACUUGUGUACUUUGAUAAACCAUAUCAACGGUGAGCAUGGUAUUGCUUUCGACAUGAAGUUUUUGGAUCGUGAAAAACUGCUUGAGCAAAAUGAACACCAACAUGCGUUACACUGUACGGAAUGCUCGGAUUUCCCAGAAUCUCUAUCCCCUAGUGCACCCGAAAUCACGAUCACUCCGAAAGAGGAUUCUGAGCAUGUUCACGAGUGCAAAUGGGAUCAUUGCGGUUUAAAGUUCGCCUCCUGUGCAGAUCUGAAUAACCACAUCGAAACCGUUCACAUACCGCGAGGCAAAUCGUCUUAUGUUUGUGGCUGGGAGGGCUGUGGCAAGACCAUAACUCAGCGGCAAAAAUUACUAAGGCAUCUAAGAGUUCACACGCGAUACAAACCCUGCAAGUGCCCCCAUUGCAGCAAGACUUUCUCCACCCAAGAUAUUUUAUUACAGCAUAUACGCACACAUUCUGGAGAGAAACCCUACAAAUGUACCCACUGUGGCAAAGGGUUUGCGACUUCCAGCUCACUUCGAAUUCAUAUCAGGACCCAUACAGGCGAGAAACCUCUGGAGUGUAAAGUGUGCGGGAAACGGUUUAACGAGAGCUCUAACCUGAGUAAGCAUAUGAGAACACAUGAAAGAAAAUACAAGUGCAACGGUUGUAAAAGAAGUUUCGAUCAUGCCGAACAGCUAGAAGCUCACCAGAGUCGGUGCUCCCACUGUGCGACGUUCAAGUGA